CGUACAAUAAGGAAGCGGAGGGAUUAUAAACAUAAACAUCAAACCAAACAGCUGAGUGUGUGUCAGCAGAUGCGGAGAGAUCGUCGAGCGAGUUCAGAACCAUCACAGAGCUGCAUGCGGUCAUAUCUGAUUGAUCAGCUUAUAUCGAUCUGCUGAAACCAGGAAUCAUGUCCAAGAAAAACAAGAUGUUCCUGAGUGGAGUGGUCGAGGGGUUUUAUGGGAGGCCGUGGACUAUGAGCCAGAGAAAAGAGCUCUUCAGGAGGGAGCAGAAAUGGGGCUUGAACGCAUAUCUAUACGCUCCGAAAGAUGAUUACAAGCAUAGGAUGUACUGGAGAGACCUGUAUUCCCUGGAGGAAGCAGAUCAACUCACGACGCUGAUCUCUGCUGCUAAAGAGCAUAACGUGGAGUUCAUCUACGCUUUAUCACCCGGCCUGGACAUCACCUUCUCAAACCCUAAAGAAGUGGCGGCGCUCAAGAGGAAACUGAGACAGGUGUGUGAGUUCGGCUGCCGGUCGUUCGCGCUGCUGUUCGACGACAUCGAGUCUGAGAUGUGUGCUUCUGAUAAAGAGGCGUUCAGCUCGUUCGCUGAGGCACAGGUGUGUGUGAGCAACGAGGUGUUCCUGCACCUGGACCAGCCGCACACCUUCCUCUUCUGCCCCACCGAUUACUGCGCUGCGUUCUGCUCGCCCAGUGUCCCGCUGUCUGCGUAUCUGAACACGGUCGGGGAGAAGCUCAACGCGGGCAUCGACGUCCUCUGGACAGGGCCGAAGGUGGUGUCGCAGGACAUCAGUGUGGCGUCUAUAGACGAGGUGUCGGCCGUUCUGAGGAGACCGCCGGUCAUCUGGGACAACAUCCACGCCAACGACUACGACCCGCAGAGACUCUUCCUCGGACCCUUCAAGAACCGGCCCGCAGAACUCAUCCCCAAACUCAGGGGCGUCCUCACUAACCCCAACUGUGAAUUCGAGCCCAAUUUCGUUGCAAUUCACACUCUGGCCACAUGGUGCAAGUCCAGCUACACGCAGAAAGACGUUCCUAUGGAUGGAGACGACGGGUCGGACUACAACCCCCAUGAUGCUUUGCAGCUCGCACUCACUGACUGGCUGGUGGAGUUCGGUCGAGCCAAUCAACCUGACGGCUCUGGCGCUCGCGGCUCUAAACGAGACGAAGAGGAGCCGAUGCAGACGGACGGAUACGAGCCGGGUCCCAAAGACAACCCGCUGUACACGGCCGAGCCGCUGACGCUAGCGGACCUGACGCUGCUAGCGGAGCUCUUCUAUCUGCCGUACGAACACGGGCCCACCGCCAUCGUCAUGUUGCAGGAGCUGCACUGGCUGCGAUCCGACCGCGAGGCAGAGAAGGGCGAAGAAUGGCGACGGAGAGCCGAGAAGUUCGACGACAUGUGCGGCGCCGUAGUCCAGAUGUUCAACCGACUGUCCAAUGUGCCCAACAGAGUCAUCCUCUAUGACCUUUACAAUUACAUCUGUGACAUCAAGAGCGGCGUCACCAUGGCCAAAGCCUACGUCAAAACACUGGGAGGCCGAACGCCUCACCCUGCACUGGCUUUGACUGACGAUCCCGAGCCGUGGGGUUUCAGAGGCGCUUUAUCUGGAGAAUUCCAGCGGAUGCUGCCGUCACAUGGGAACCGGGACCUGUUUCGCAGUCCUCCCGCCACGCGCGUUUACACCAUUCGGCCCUGCACUCCUAAAGAUCAGCCGGAGGUGAUGAAGAUCUUUAAAGAGAUGCAGACGGAGACGCAGCAGAAGAUCGAGCUGGUCGGCGACCGGCUGGUGGAGGGUCACGUCACGCCGACACAGAACUGCAGUCUGAUACUAGAUGAUGCUUCUGGGGUUUGUGGUUACGUGUUCGCCCUCAGUGAUGCAAAGACGGCCAUGACUAAAGCUCAGUAUCCAGAGACGAUGCUGCAGGAUUACCCAUCAGUCAUGGCUCUUCAGAUCCACUCGAAAGUUCCCGAUCACACCGCAGCGAAGCGUCUGAUUCUGCAGGUGCUGUCAGCGCUGAGAGACAGCGGCUCUAAAGGGGUUUUCAGCGAGUUCAGAUCCAACGACAGACGAAUGUUUGACUUCUUGAAGACGCUGAACGUGUUCCAGGUGCUUAAAGUCGAAGGCCUUCCACCAAACCUGGUCAUGAUGGGAACUAAACUUUGAUGCAAUCACACACUCAUCUCGUGUUUUGGAAAUCUGUAUAAAAGUCAUGAACAUGAGUAAUAAAUUAUGAUCAGUUCUGUACUGCAGGAAGAAAUCAAGCUGUCUCGAAUUAAAAAUAAAUCUUUAUUUGCAUAUUCAUUUUAA